UAACAUUUCAACUACUUCACCUGCUCUAUCUCUCAGAGUACCAACAUUUACACUAGCCAUCCUCAACCUAGUGUUAUCUACCUUGUGAUGUGAUAGCUGGGUAACGGUCUGACGAUGCUCACAUCUGACAUCUGUCCUACCGUGCGUGACACCUUCACUCCUUAGAGUUCCAGCCCCGUUUACACAGUUUGUCUGAUUAACUAUUCUUACGGCCAUUAAUAAAGAGUUUUGGCAUUGUUUUACAGCUGGAUGCCCUUCCUAGCGCCAACCGUUUACAGACCGGACUGGGUGUUUUUUAAAGUGACACCAUCACUAUGUAGAUAACACUAGGUUGAGGAUGGCUAGUGUAAAUGUUGGUACUCUGAGAGGUAGAGCAGGUGAAGUAGUUGAAAUGUUAUAACGUAGAUCUGUUGAUAUGUGUUGUGUUCAGGAAGUCAGGUGGAGAGGAGCUUCUGUGAGAUUUGUGGACCGUAGGAGGGCAAGGUAUAAGCUUUUUUGGAUUGGCAAUAGUGAUGGAUAUGGAGGAGUUGGCAUAUUCGUUGCAGAGAAGUGGGUAGAAAAAGUAAUAGUUGUUAUGCGUGUGAAUAGUUGUAUUAUAGUGAUAAAGUUUUUGAUAGGCAAUAGAAUUGUCACUUUUCUGUCAGUUUAUGCUCCACAGUGUGGACUCAGUGAGGAAGAUAAAGAUAAGUUUUAUGAUGAGUUAAUAGCAGUCACAUCAAAGUUUGGAGACACUGAACUUGUCAUGGUGAGCAGCGACUUUAAUGAUCAUGUUGGGAAGUCAUCUGAAGGUUAUAGAGGUGUGCAUGGAGGCUAUGGAUUCGGGAGCAGAAAUAAGGAAGGGGAGAGAUUGCUUGAGUUUGGAAUGGCAACGGACAUGGUGGUUUGCAACACAUCAUUCAGUAAGAGACAGAGUAGGCUGAUAACAUAUGAGUCAGGUGGUUUUUAGACACAGAUAGAUUACUUCCUGGUUAGAAAGUCAGACAAGAAAGUGGUGAAGGACGUGAAAGUUAUAUCGGGGGAAGAGUGUGUUUCCCAGCAUAGGUUGCUGGUUUGUGAUAUUAUCUUGAGGAGUGUUAAAGAAGCCAAGGGAAAGUACAGGCCCCAUCGUAAAGUCUGGAAGCUGAAGGAAGAGAUUGUAGCAAGACAAUUUAGUGCAAAAGUUCAGCAGUUAGCCCACAAUGGUCAAUGUGAUAGUGACAAUGUUGAAAGUACUUGGACUACUUUGAAGAAUUGUCUUCUAGAAGCUUCUGAUGAUACCUGUGGGUGGACAAAAGGACCAGCUAGACAUAGACAGACCUGGUGGUGGAAUAAUGAGGUUGACCAGUGUGUAAAGAA